AUGCGCCUGGUUGCUGUUCCAGACGAUCAUGAGUUCGGAAAUGAUGGCUUGUGGGAAAGGGUCCGGGCUAAAGUUGUCGAGCUACUCGACGACAAGAAGAUCAAGAUCGCCUGUGUCGACUUUGUUCGAUUCACCUGGCUCGAAAAGAAGAAGGACGGGGAGGUCGAGGUAGACGAGGACGAGGGAGAGGACGACGGUGGUGAAGAAGACUUCGACUACGACUCUGUCCCACCUAUCAAGCCUAUCGAGGACGGUGACCGUCACUACAGUAACCCGACCAUCUGGGUUGGUGUAGUACCCAACACUCUCACCGCUGACACUGCAUUCGAUGCCACCAAAGGCAUCCGUAGCUUCCUCAACGGGCUCAAUGUCACUGAUAUAGAUAUCGCGUACCGCGAGACAGUCCCCAAGUCCUCGGUUAGCCGAGCCCUCUUCGCUCCAGUUGGUAUCGUCGACCAUCGCAAAGAUUUCAUCGACCCCGUCUCUGUUGCUCUCAGUCUCCCCAUCGCUGGUCUCAAGACGACAAUGCAAGGCACUAUGGGACCAUUCUUCCAUGUUGACAACACGCUCUAUGCCAUCACCGUGCGUCAUAACCUGUUCCUUGCCGAUGGAGGCAACGACGAGUUCAAAUUCAGCACCGCUGCGCCGAAUAUACAUGUAGUCUUGAUGGGCAAUCCUGCCUUCACGAACUACCUGGCCUCCAUCCAGGCAGAAAUCGAAACACUCAUUGACUCUGUAGAUGCUAUAGAGAAAAAAAUAAAGACGCACACAUCCAACAUGCAGCAUGGAAUUGGCCUCCCACAGCCGCAGAUCGACCUCAACACCCACGUGGCCGAGCGCGACAGGCUCCGCGGCAAGAUCAACGCGCUCCAGGACUUCUUUGCGGUAAUUAAAAGGCGCUGGGGCAAGAUCACGAGGCGUGUCAUCGGACACGUCGUCUGGGCUCCCUCAAUCGGUGUUGGUGUUCCUCCUCACCAAUAUACUCGAGACCUUUGCGUAGUCCAGUUGUAUAAGGAAAACUUCUACAAUCUGCUUGGGAACGUGCUUAAUCUUGGUCCCGAGUACACCUCGACGAAGCUCAAAUCGUUGUUUUAUGAACGUGACGAUGUCAAGUCGACCUUCAAAUACCCCACCGACGGCCUCCUUCCUCUCCUCACCUCCCAACAAAUCAGCAACCCUGACAACAAGAAUGUCACAGGUGACCCCAUUCGUCGUGCUAUUAAGCGCGGCUUCACUACCAAAACUACAGUGGGCACGAUUAGCAGAUAUAUGUCCUUUGCCCGCAAGUACUUCCCUACGGGAAAUCUGGAGUCUAUAGAGUUGCCGAUUCUCCCUCAUGAAAACGAGACCGGUACCUUCUCCAAGGGAGGCGAUUCUGGGUCCACCAUCGUCUCCCCCAAGGGCGAGUAUAUUUCGUUGCUUACCAGUGGGACUAACAAGGGAACCGAUGGGUCGGACAUCACUUACUCUACCCCCUUCGAAUGGGCCUGGGAGCUUGUGUGCAAACAGUUCCCAGGUGCCAACCUCUACUGGGACGACAUUGAGGCAUUCUUGGCUGCCUAG